AAUUAAUCAAAAUGUAACGUUAUAUCUAUGUUACUAUAGUUAAAGUAAUUAGGAAACAAACAGACAUACAUUUGGAAAGGAAUGAAUUAAUACUAAAGACAAAAUGUCGGUUUUUGCCUAUAAGUCGCAUUCAUCGAAACCUGUAAAAUGUUCAAUAUGUGAAGAAUCCGUGAAAUCUCCAAAACAACUGCCAUGCGACCACAUGUUUUGUUCCGACUGUAUAAAUCGUCAGAUUUCGCGACUAUCUAUGCUACUUGACGCACGAGAGAAGGUGACAAUCGUUUGCCCAUACUGCCGUGAUUUCUUUCUUUCUUCUAUAAGCUUCCUACAAACUGGCCAGCGUCGGUGUAAAUCCAGUCGACCAAAUGUGUCGUCUGAUACGAAAACCAAAGUGGCUGGCGACCGGAAGGCAGAAAGGUGCCAGCCAUGCGCAGAUGGCUCACAUUACGAGCUCGCGACAUUCUGGUGCCAGAAUUGUUCCGAAUAUAUGUGCUCAACCUGCGCUAAAUAUCACUGCGCGAUGAAAAUGUCUAAAAGUCACGUGGUUAAAACAAUUCGCGACAAGGAGCGGUAUGAACAUGUUGAAACAAAGAUCUACGAAACGAAACGACCCAAUUCAGCCAGGACAUCAAAAGAUGCCAGACAUCCGUUUCCAAAAGAUGCUAUCCGGUUGUACUGUGAACCAUGUAAUUCUAGAAAUAGAACAAAGGUUGCAAAACACAUAUGUGAAGUAUGUAGUGAACAAUUGUGUGAAGACUGUACAAAAUGUCAUAGAAGUAUGAAAAUGUCAAAAUCACACAAAUUGAUGUCCGUGAAAGAUGCUUUGUGUGAACAAAAAUCACAAUAUAGCUUGGACCUUAAAUGUGACAAACAUUACAAAGAGCCAUUAAGUCUAUUCUGUAAACGUUGCCAAACAUCAUGCUGUGCUAUCUGUGCGUUAUCCGACCACGUUUAUUGCAAAACAAAUCUGGAAUCCGGAUCAAAAAGCAAACCAUUGGAAAAACCUAAAGAAGAACCUAAUAAAAAAAGAGUUUCCUAUGCCUGGGGUAUAAAAGAUGUUAAGGAUCUUGACAAAGGAAAGACAUUAGGUGCUGACACAAAUCGAGAAAUUGUAGAAAAGAGUAAGAAAGAAGUAGCUGCAAAAAUCAAGAUUGCAGACAAAAGAAUGGAUGUACGGAAAGGUAGAUUAGAAGUUGAUUCACCGUUUGAAAACGACUGGGUAAUUUCAAUGGUUGUUUUAUCAAACGGUGAUAUAUUACUGCUCCAACUUUAUGAUACCAAGUUGAAAAUGAUGGAUUCACUGGGAAACAUGAUCGCCGAAUGCACAUUAUAUGGAAACCCCUGGUCAGUUGGAGUGUACAAUGACUCCUUAGCCGUGGUCACUUUCACCGACCGGAAACAGUUACAACUUAUCAACGUUUCAAAAAGCGGAUUGGAAGCCGGGAAGUUAAUCAACACGCGCCACAGAUGUUUGGCUGUAUGUUUCGCGAGGAACUUGAUCGCUGCCACGUGCUGGGAAGGUUGCGUUCAUCUGUUAAACAUAUCCGGUCAGGAAGUAGCCGUCAUCGACAAGAAUACGGCUGGUCAAAGGCUUUUUACUAACCCAGAAUUCAUUGCUGCGGAUAAAUUGGGAACUACUUUGUAUGUCACGGACUAUAAACGUCAUAGUGUUACUGGCUUGAAAUUGUUACCAAAUAAGAUUGACAACAAACCGGCGUUCGUAUUCACUCACCGGGACCUGAAAGGACCGAAAGGCGUUACCGUAGACAAAGAGGGCGUGCUCUAUGUCUCCGGUAUGGACAAUAGAAAUAUAUUUCGAAUUUCAUCUACCGGCGAGCUGCUCCAAAUAUACAGACGAAGAGAGGAUACGGAAUAUUAUGAAGCUAUAGCCGUAUCGUCAACUGGUGACAAGCUGUUUGUGUCCGCGUAUGAAGACAACACAAUAUGCGUACUUAGGUUAAAAUGAUGAAAAUCCCUUAUUAUAAUUAUGAGCAUUUAGAUCAGUCUUAUCACGUUUAAUUUCCAAUCAAAUAACGUUUCUGUAUCAGAUCAAUUUGGUUAUGUUAUGUAUCUAAACUGGUUGUAUCUCAACCAGGAUCAAAUCAAUCCAUUUCGGUAGUGUCAAAUCAAAUCAAACAACGUUUUAAUAUGCAAUCAAGCCUAUUCAUAUGUGAUUGUAUCUAGACAAUUCCAAUCAAAACAUUUCUAAUAUUUCUAUAUAUAGUUAAAACAAUCUAUUGAAUAGAACCUUGGUAAAUGAGUUUUAAGUUAAACCUGUUUGAAUAUUAUAAUGCUAGCGUUGAUGGUGUAGGCUGUGUCACAAGUGAAAUGUUAUACGAGCAGUCCCACAAGUCUGUGUACUGUUCAUAACACGUGCUUUGUUAUUCAGAUACUGCACUAAUACUGUGCCUUAAAUGACAUGAUUUUGAC